AUGUUAGGUGUUGUUGAUUAUGGCAGUUCUUCAGAAGGCAGCGAUAUGGAAACAAAUGAGGAUAAACCUCUGCGUAAGUUGAUUUUAUAUUACUGUUACAUUUUUAGGAAUCUACAUGCAAAUAUACAAUGCGUCAUUGCUUUAAAAACUAAAAGGAAAGAAUACAAAAUAAUAUUAUAGGUAAAGGAGUUCUAAAUCUUCCUCCAGUCGUUCCGAAACCGAAAAUCAAGAAGAAGAUCGUGGUUGGAGAAGAUAGGGUUGUUCAGGAGAAGCGGGAUUGGGAGAAGAAGAUGGCUGAGCAAAUGGAUAAGGAUAAAGAGUUUGUACGCAAAACUGUGAAUGAGAAUACAAAGAAGAAGAUUGUCUUACCGUUUGCUAAGGUUCCUAAUGGGUCAAAGGCUGAAUCGGACGAUGAAGAUGUCGCUGUAAGUAUAUCUACAUUACUUUUUAUUAUGGUUUAGUUGAAAAUGUGUUUUAAGCGUUCUGUCUACAUUUAUAAAAGUUUCAGACAAAACCAAAGCUUCCAAAACCAUCGUUCAAGUCAGAACUGCUCAAAAUCUUACCUCAACCCAAGAAUCCGGUAAAGAAAGCUGCUCCAUCUUCUAAAGCCGCUUCUGUUAUGUUACCAUCGUCGAUUACAAGGAAGAAACCGGAGAAAAGACCAUUGGAACAGGAAGUUUUACCAGUUAGAACCGAUAUUGUAGAAGGAUAUUCGGAUUCUGAUAACGAAGAAGAUGCAGAAGACUUCUUUGGGUUCAAUUCGAAACAAGCUGAAGUACCAUCUGUACCAAUAGUUGAAGAAGAACAAUUGAGUGCACCAAAAGCUCGAGUCUACAUUGAUGAACAAGCUCCAGGGCCAUCAUUUCCAGCUCCUGAUGCUGAGACUGAUUACAGUAUGAAUGCUGAUUUGGAAGAGAAGUUGCUGGGAAGACGGAAUAUCACGGACGAGGUAAGAGCAAUUGACUUUUUGUUUUGGUUUUAGGUUAAUUUAAAGUUGGUCUUGUAAAUGAAGAUAUAGUUGGUAACAAGGUCUGGUUUACAUAAUUUUUUAAUGUAAAAAUAAGUAAAAACAUUUAUUUCUAGGAAGCACAAGCUUUAAUCUACCAAAAAGAGCUAGCGCCAUGGGGUGCUACAGAUCGUGGAGCUCGAGAAGCUGUAUUGAACAUUGUGGAUGUCAGUGUUGAUCAGGUAAUUAUUAAUCUGUUCUUUUAAUAGUUUCACGCUUUAAUGUUUAAAAAUUUUUUGAAAUUUUACGUUAGACUGAAACGUUUCUACUAUGUUUUUAAAAGCUUCCCUAGAGAUUAAUUAUGGAUGAACUUAGGUCUUGUUUUGUCUCUCGAGGUAGAUGUUACCUAUAAGCAUAUAUUUACAGACCUUAGGCCCUAACGUUCGCGAAACCCUUCUACGGAAUUUGGAUCAGAAGAAUGCAGUGGCGACACCUCUACCCCAGGUUAAGGACUCGGGAGAUCGGAUGGCGAAGUCGAAACAUCAAAUCACACAUUUGGCAAAAGUUGCCGUUGCUCGUGAAACCCAAUUGCAACAACAAUGGGCCGACAGUAAAGCACAGAAGCGACAAACUAGACAGAAAUACGGUUUCUAA